AUGAAAUCUUCAUCGAAAAAAGGAUUACAAAUCGAUGUAGGGAGAAAUAAAAGUCUUGUUCUUCUGCUCUGUUCAGCUUCUACACGUCAUCUCAUUAAACGAAUGAAGAGAGUUUUGGAAGCCACGUUAAGAAAUUCGCGACAAAACCGUACAAACACCGGUGCUAGGAUCAAGUCUUUCAUCGUCACGUCCGAGUGCGGAAAUCUUGGUUUCUGAACGUUCGGAUCGAUCUGCUCUUUCAGAUUUUAAUGUACAUCUGCUGACUUCUUUUAACCGGUUAAGUUAAUGAACAAUAGAGACCUUUAGCAUCAGGUAAACCGCAAACCGCAAACCACAAACCGCAGUUACGCGUUUGCAGUUUCGAGUUGCCGAGAUUUCACACUUUAGCAAGGCGUUCAGUUCAGUUCAGUUCAUUUUUAUUUAGGCAAAAUAUAAUACAAUACAAGAAUACAUAUAGGAAUUGUAAGGAUGCAAGGGAGCCCAGAAGAAACCAGAAGGCUUUAUGAAGCCUGGGCUCCCCGGCAGCACUAAAACACGGAAUCCGGAAUCCGGAAACGGAAACGGAAUCACGGAAACGGACACGGAAACGGAAUACGGAAUCUGUGAAAGAAGGUUCCAAGCGAUCGAUUUGAAAAAAAUAAUAUUAGCAAUGACAAUGAAAUAAAUAAACAGAUAAAAAAAAAGGCACAAAUGAAUAAAUUAGCUGAGUACAGGAGAGGAGACUGCUGUGUCACUAGAGGAGUCGAUUCCGGUGAAAAGACGCUUGAUACCACUGUCGGCAAUGAAUGCAAAUUCUCAUGGGACAGCAAAGCGAGGAGAAAAACGUGACUGACAAAAACUAGUGCCUUAACAAAAAGGUAAGUUAUAUGGAGACAGACUUCGUUUGAAUCGUCUGAGGCGUCGUUUACAUAACUGAAAGGCGUCGCCGUCAAGUUUUUCUCAGUGUCUUUUCUGGGUUGUCUUCAACAGUUUUCAGUUUUAUUUAUCAAGACAACUUACUCAAGAGAACCAUGGCAUUGUGGAGUCCACAGAGAAGAGAGAAUUGUGCAUGCAUUUGCUUGAUUCCGCAACCCGGAUUACAUCAAAAUAAUGCGCCAUGUUUAAUAAGCCUCUUCAACAAAAAUACGGACGUCCACGUAAACUCAAUUACCGGUACACCAGUAUGCCAUCAGUAUUCAGCUUGGCGAAAAAGUUGAACUUCUUGCUAAAACACCGGAACUGUGGUCACGUCACCGGUCGGUCAUGUGUGGAGUAUUCAGUUUGGGGACAAUCACGUGGUGUGGUCUGAGGCUAACUUCGACUAUUCUUGACAAUUAGCUACAAAAGUAAUAUUUAACUGUAUUAUUCAACCCAUGAACUCGUGAAUAAAAAUUACUCGUAAAAUUACUUUCAUGGGCCUUGCAGUGCAGUAACCCACACUACGGCAAACCUUAUCAAGACACAAUAACAAGAAUAUAUUUAAGGGAACUGCCAAGAAAACUAAGACAAAUUCUCUUUGGAUUGUACUAAAUUGUGUAUUGUGAAAUUCUUUAAUUUUCUAUCAUCGAUAUCUGAUUCCGUAUUCUGUUUCCGUUUCCGUUUCCGUGAUUCCGUUUCCGUUUCCGGAUUCCGGAUUCCAUGUUUUAGUGCUGCCCGGGCUCCCCAGUCUAAAAGAGAUAAGCAAAAUAAAAUGAUAUUCGCGGAGUGAUACGUUAAAAAUAGGAACUAAACAGAGACUGAGUUAAGAUAUGAAUUCAGUAACAAGAUAGAAAAAAAAAAUUAACACUGGAUUGGAACAGAAUACUUUCCUUUGUUAGUACGGCAGAAACGAAUAUAAAAUUGAUUUGAACUACGCGUUCAUUGUUUAGGGCCGCCAUGUUGUUUUCAUCAAGUCGAAGUGCAUCACUUUAAUCGCCCAAAACUCAGCAAUAAUUCAUUGAUUCGAGAUCAAACAUCAAACAAACACAUCGCAAACGGAUAUAAAAAGCUAGUUCAUACCUUUAAACGCGAGGCUGUACAAUUUUUUGUGGCAAAAAACCUUGCCGUAAAUCACUUACCGCUGGAAGCCUCUCCUGCGGUUCAAACGUGAACUGCAAACUGCAAACGUGACCGCAAGGCCGUGGUCACGUGACAUUUUGCGGUUUGCGGUUUGCAGUUUCCCAUGAAAAACGUGAUGCUAAAGGUCCCUAAUAUGUGAGGGACAAGCAUGAGUUCUGAACUGAGGUCAGAGUAAAAGAAAACUGCUUGAGCUUCCUCAUCGCCUUUAGUUCGCAAGUGAAGAUCAAAGUCACUCUCCGUUUAUCGAUAUUUUUACCCACUGUUUUGCCUGUCGUUAUACAGAAGCAGAAGCUCAAUGCCGAAUGAAAGAAAAAGAGCUAACUUAAACGGUGCAACAGCGACAACGAUGACAACAGCAACAACAGUGACAACAGAGACAACGGUGACAGUGGUGACAAGGGUGACAACCGCGACAACAAAACAACGAUGACAACAGUGACAAUAAUGAAAACAGUGACAACCGUGACAACAGUGACAACGGUGACAAUAGCGACCGUAGCGACAACCGUAGUAAUGGCGACAACGGUCACAACAGUGACAACAGUGACCACGGUGACAACGGUGACAACACUGACAACAGUGACAACACUAACAAGAGUGACAACAGUGACAACAGUGAAAACAUAAAAAAAACGACAAAAAUGACAACAGUGAAAACACCGAACACAGUGACAACAGCGACAACAGAGACAACACUGAACACAGUGACCACAUUGACA